UCAGUCGCGAAUUGCGCGUCCUACAGUGCACAUCUCUUGCAGUGUUAUCCGAUUUUAUCGCACAAUUUACGGAAAAAGAUCGCGAACCGCUACAGAAAGUUUCGCGAAAAAGUAAUCGUGAUCCGAAUAUACGGUAGACUCUGAUUUCCAUAGUGUUUUGUGAUUGUUUAUUGAGUUAUUACAAGAAUACAGGCAUCCAGAGACAGAGAGCGAGUGAGAGACAAGGCCAAGGACGUUGAUAGCAUGACCAGAGCGUGAUGCCACGCUAGACAGAGACAACAUGAGUUGUGAGUGAGAGCGCACUGCAGUUUAUCCAAAAAGCAGAUAGAAAGAGAACCGUUGCAGAUUUCCACUUGGACCACGUAACUCAGACAGACUUGAACAAGAUGGAUCCUAAACAUACAAUCACCUCCACAAAUCUGACACGAACAAUGCUGGCCCUGCUCGUCACUUUGAGCCUGCUAGCAAGCAACGCCGAGGGCGGCAUACUAUCCAGAUCCGACAACGACAUUCAGUCCGCCUUCGCCACGGGACAGACCGUUGACAGACAGUCACAGACAGUCGACAGACUCUCCACAGACAGCGGCGAGACUCGCGAACCCCCCGUAACAUCCAGCGACCUACCCAAGCAGAUCCCCGCCCCGCCGCAACCGCCGUUCGCGUCCACCCCCCACUACGAGCAACAGAUCGCCCGUUUCGUGUGGGAGACGCCGCAUUUCAAUACGCCCUAUCCACCGGUCAUUCAAACGUAAACUCUCAGCCUCCUUGAGAUGAAGUGAUUCCCCAUAGAACCCGUUUCUAACAAGGUAGACAGCGUGUUCCAUAAAGUAACUGAUACAGAACCACUACGGAGUCAGAAUACCCCAUAUUUGUUGUGUGCUCCCUUAAUCUAUCAUUUUUUACUUUUUCCCCAAUAAAAGUCAUCAUCAUAACUCGCGAAUGUAGAAGUACAUAAUUCGACAAAUGUCUAACACAAUGUGGACUAUUCUUAUAACAAUAAUAAAGAAUGUGAAUUGUAAAAACAAACAUCUGAUAGAUACCAUUUCUCUUAUACACAUUUGUGAAAACUGAUGGAAGGCUUACAUCCCUGCUAUAGCCUAUAUGAAAAUGAGUUAGGAUUUAUUAUAAUAAAUGUAGGGAUAUAUGUUGUUUGACGCAUCAACACAUCUGAAAUACCGAACUGAUUAACGAAUUUAUUUACUUAUCUAGUUCAAAACUAAUUUAUUUAAUUUGUCAAACAUAGCCUACGUGAGAGAAAAGUCCUAUCAGAUCGUCAAUUCACCCAGUUCAUUGAUGGCGCAAGAUUCUGUUACACUAGUAACAGAAUCGGUUCGACUCUUGCCAUGAGUCAAUAUUUUUGCUACGAAUUUUCAACUUCAAUGAAAACAACCAAUACAAUUUUAUAAUAUGUAAUUUUUAUUGCGAAGCACGGGUUAUAACUGUGAUAAAUAUUGAAGAUGAUUCAACUACGGACAGAGAAUAUUUCAGUGACUCAGUAAAUCUCAGAGGCAUCCCUCCUACUCGCAUUGGAAGGAAAGUUAAUUUAGAAUACGAAAAGUAAUGAAUGUAAUACCAGUAAAAUGCGGACACUCAUUACACUUUUUGGCACAAAAUAGCUAUUUAUGUAUUAAGAGCGUAAUGCGCGACUUUAUCGCUCGCGCAAAACAGUUUGCAAGAGCGAUAAAGAAGCAUUACGCGCGAAUUACAUACAACAUUUUUUCUACAACUGCCCAAACCUGUUAAAUUACUUAUAUCGGCGGAGUUACAAUUACCGACUUUUUAGUUCAAGAUGACUUUUUGGCGAGCUGCUUACAAUCAGCUGAUUAGGGAGCAUAAAGAAACUCUUCUGCGCAUGCGCGAAUGAUUUGGGAGCGUAAAGUAAAUCUACUGCGCAUGCGCGGAUGGUUAGCGAGCGAAAAAGUAGAUUCUCCUCAGAAAUAAGCUGUUUUACGAGGAGAAUUAAGUGUGUAAAUUCUUUCUUUACGCGCUGUUGUAGAAAAAAAAAUUAUUCACGUCCAAAAGUGGCUCGCUAUCGAUUACAUAGCUGUCAUUAUAAUCAAAGACCAACGGAAGACAUUCUAUAAACCUUGUUGGAAACGGACCUACAAAGUGAUUUUGAAUGAUUUGAUGUUUUUCUAACGAUAAGCACUGAAACCAAAGCUAGACAAUUUUUGAAACUAUGUGGAUGAAGCUAUGCAGCAUUUAUAAACUUUGAAUGUGGGCUACGAUCAAAGUAGCUUUUCUUGAAGUUGUACUUGUAUUUAGCUAAUGAAGUUGUACUUCAAUAAUGAAGUAUUUGUAAUACUUGUAACAGCUAGAUAAGCUGUAUACAUUUGUAAAAUUGUAUUAGCAAGUUAAAGGAUUUAUGCAUACACCUAUUUAUACUUUCAAUGUGUAAUGACAUCAUUGUAAAAACUUGUUAUCUAUAUUUGAAUGGACUUAGUAAGAGUACACUCUAGCUAAACCGUAAAAAUGUGAGCUAAAAGCUACUCUGAGUAAGGACUGUUUUUGAACAUGGAAUAAUGUAUGGACAGAGUUCAGAGUUAUGAGCUAUGAGCUAUGUUUGUAUACUUUAAGCUAUGCUUAAAGAGAGUUAAUAAAAGUUAAGGAUCAUCAUAACUGUCUACAAGCUAUUUGUAUAAUAAUAGACUCAAUCUUUUCUAAAACCAGUAAGUUGGGUUACUAUCUGUGAAGUAAAAUCAUGAUCUAUAUAAUUAUAAGUUGGCAAAUUUUGUGCGGAUUUGGGCUUUUCCAACUAUAGUAUUUUGAACAGUUUUUGAAGUAGUAAAUAACUUUUACACAGCAACUCGGACUGAUUUUAGACAUUUAUUAACCACAAGUUGACUUGCUGUUGAAUUAAUUCAAGAUGAACAGAUUUGUGUAUGUUUAUUUUAGAAACACUGUUGGAUGAAUAAUGAACUUUUAAAUUUACAGUUCAAUUUUUAGAAGAACAAUUAUUUCAUCCAAUUUACAUUAGUUUGUUAUCAGUUUGGUUACUUUGUUCAAGUUUAUAACAUAAAGAAUAUAUUUAUACAAAUGUAAAGAUUGUACUUGAGUAAUUGAAUGUUUGGAACAUUUUCAAUAUUUCUGUGAUUUAACAUCAGUUGUAUGUUUUAAUUUGGAGGAUGAACAAUUCAAUCUAUUAUAAUUUACUUUUAUUUUAUGUUUCUGCAUGUUAAAAGUUUGGUUUAUGAUGUAUGGCCAGUUAAAAAAGUGAAUUAAUGUAUGUUAACAGUGUAAAUAGGUAUUUAGUAUUUUAAUAACUUUGAAUACGGUAAUUAUUAAUAAUUGCAAUUAAUUUGUGGAAGAAUACAGUAUUUAGAAUAAUUUGAAACUUACAGGGCCUGAAGAUUUAAACGCCUAGUAUAACAGAUAUUAUGAAAAUAAAUCAAGGACUUUUAAUGGCUGGAUAUAUUAAAAUUAAUUUAAAAAUGUCAUUUUAAAAGUGUUUGAAGAAGAAGAAAGUUUCUUCAAGGUGCGAUUUAUAAUAGUCGAGUAUAUUAUUUAUAAGCAGACAGACAUUUUAUUAUAUUGGAAUAUUCAUUUUCCAAUUAAAAAAUAUUAAAAAGAUGAAUUUUUACUACACAGUUUUACACAGUUUUGGACGUUCUACAAAAAUAACAUUUUUGAGCUAAAAUGAAUCCACCAUUGAACAAAAACGAAAAAACAUUUUUUGAUUAAAUUAAUUGGAAGCUUGAGUGAACUGUGAGAAAUCAAUGUAAAAGUUCUCAGGUUGCACCUGGUAAAAAACGUUUUAUUAAGUUGAGGAGAAAGCAUCGAAUUCGUGAUUCAAAUGUAAUUUAUUUAGAACUCAACCAAUCCUCCUGAAUCAUAUUAUUUGAUAGAACAAGAUAAAUUAAAUUCAUACAUUUCUCAAAAAUCAAGUAAUGAAUCAAUUAACAAUUUAUUUUUAUAUUGAAGAGUAGAAUGACGAAUAACUGUUCAAAAAUAUAGAUAAUUGAAUUUAAUUUCUCUCAUGUAACAAGAAUUUAUAUAAAGUAAACAUUUAAA